UGAUUGGUUCAUUUCAUGACUUUAAAAAUACGAACCGUUGGCUGUGGGCUUUCAGGUGCCUUCUUCGGGGCUAUUCGUUCGUGUUGCUGUCUGCGUGGAAGCGAACAUUACAGACAACGACAACCGUUACCGUUAAUUUAAGGAUGGGUUCCGUUCCUGUCAAUGACGAGAACCUCGGUGUCCACCGAGGAGGAAAGCGCACCAGUUCAAGUGACGACAUUUUUGCCAUUGAACAGCCAACUGGAAGGCAAUCUAUUCUUCGGCAAACUGAAAAUCUACCCAACAAGACUGUGCCAAAGGGUGGAAAGGUUUGUUUCCAGACUCCAAGAAGAGACCCAGUCUCUAAAAGAAUUCUGUCUCCAUCCAAGUCUGUGAAGAUGGAUAACCUGGUUGAGUGUAUGAAGGCGCUCGAUUCCUUACGGCUGGAUUCAAACACAACACCGCAAAAGGCGACUGAGACCGUUGCUGGACAAAAUAAUGACGAUUUGUCACAUCCUGACGACGAAAUGCCCAUCAAAAGCACAGGAGGCUAUCUGCUGGACUUUGACAAUCUCGACACCAUGGAUCCUUUCUCGGGCUCCAAAAAGUUUGCCUUGUCCCCGACGCGGCCGUCUAUUGAAGACCUUCCAUUAUCCCCAAACCAGCCUGAGGCUGCGUUCCAAGAGGCCGGAGAACCGGAGUCGGCCCUGGACGAGACCCUCCCCUUCAACCGCUCUGUGGAAAACUCCCUGGCUGAAGUAAGCUCCACGGAGAGCAGCGUGGUCACAGUGAUGAAGAACUCAUGCCUCGAGGACCAGGAAUCCUCCAUCGCCACCCCUGACAAACAACCGCCUGCCGCAGCGUCUCUGAACGUCACUCAGGAAGACGCUCCGGCCGCCGCCCCAUCGGCGGAGGAUGCCCCGCUUCACUCCAGAGGCGUCUACAGUAUGGACUUUGACUACCUGGACGCCAUUGACCCUUUCCAAACCGGCUCAAAGAUCCCUGACGAUGUGCCCCUCGGCCAACUGCUGCCAGCCCCCUCAGAGGCCUCCCCAUUGAAGACCAACCCAGCCCCCUCAGAGACCUCCCCAUUGAAGUCCAACCCAGCCCCCUCAGAGGCCUCCCCAUUGAAGACCAACCCAGCCCCCUCAGAGACCUCCCCAUUGAAGUCCAACCCAGCCCCCUCAGAGGCCUCCCCAUUGAAGACCAACCCAGCCCCCUCAGAGACCUCCCCAUUGAAGUCCAACCCAGCCCCCUCAGAGGCCCCCCCAUUGAAGACCAACCCAGCCCCCCCAGAGGCCUCCCCAUUGAAGACCAACCCAGGCCCCUCAGAGGCCUCCCCAUUGAAGACCAACCCAGGCCCCUCAGAGGCCUCCCCAUUGAAGACCAACCCAGGCCCCUCGGAGGCAUCCCCAGUGAAGACCAACCCAGCCCCCCCACAAGCCUCCCCAGUAAAGACCAACCAAGGCCCCCCACAAGCCUCCCCAGUAAAGACCAACCAAGGCCCCCCACAAGCCUCCCCAGUGAAGACCAACCCAGCCUCCCCACAAGCCUCUCCAGUGAAGACCAACCCAGAGAAUAUCGUAGAAGUGCAGAAGGAGCCAUCCACCACGGCGGAGGACAAUGGCAUUUCAAAUGACAUCACAAAGGCUCCCGAAUCUGAAGCCACAGUAAAACCAGCAGACCCCCCGAUCAAGGUAGGGUCCGUCAAACUAGAGUUUAACUUUGACGACGGCGCCGAGGUGAAACCUAAGCCACAACCGAAGAAGUUUGGCAAACGGCCGCCGACUGCGAAGGCGUCCGGGAAAAAGCCCACGCUGGAGGUACGGCCGGCGCCACCGACUAAGCCGUGCGUGGCGGACGUUGGCGUCGAGGUCGACACCCCCCUCCCCAAGGCAACCUACUCCUUUGACUUCGACAAGUUGGAUGACCCAAACUUCAAUCCUUUCGGCGCAAGCGUAAAAAUGGACAACCCAUGUGGUGUGAAGUCCAGUCCUGCGGCCAAGGUAUCCGCUGUGACCGAGCAGCUGCCCGCCCCCGCGGCGGCAUUCCCACAGCUGGUGACCCGGGCACCCUCACCCUGCGCUGCAGGUCUCGCCACCAACACGGAAGACGGUUAUGUUCAUGUUGAAAUUCCCCAGCAAGAGGAACCAAUGUCCAUCCCAGCCCCAGACCUGGGGCUUCAGCGUGAGGCGGUCUGCCGUACGCCUGAGCCCUCGGACUUUGGCCAGCAGCAUGACUGGACUUCACAGACUCUCCUGGUGGAAACCAACAUGGAGUUUGUGCCAGGAUCAACAUUCAUAGCAAGUGACCUCGAUGGGCAGAUGGAUUACCUGGAGCAGUUUGGCUCAGCCAACUUCAAAGAGUCGGUGUUGAGGAAGCAGUCCCUGUACCUCAAGUUUGACCCACUCAUGAGGGAGAGUCCAAAGAAGGCCGGCGCCCCCACUGUCAGCAUCAACCCCCCACGGCCUGCAGCCCUGGCCUCUCGGUUGGAGUCGGAAAGAACGGUACAACAGCCGCCAACAAUGGACGACUUCAAGCUCAUUGACGUCCCAGCAGCACGAAUUGAGGUCCAGAACCACACCAGGCUGGAGAGUCUGGUUCCCCCCACCAGCACCGAGGAGGCCAUCAUCGACGUCCUGAAGUACAGUCAGAAGGACAUGGACGCAGCCAUUGCCAGGGUCCGGGCAGAGGCAAAGCAAACGGAGGCGUUGCUGACUUUAAAAUAUGAUAAGCUAUACGAGGAUCACCAUGAGUUGAGAAAAGUAUUUUCUGGCGUUGAACAAACCAUCCCAACGAUGAUUGCGGAUUGGAAGGGGCAGCGGGAGCGGGACCGCGCCCAGGCCCAGGCCAAGCUGAACAGUGCCCUGGCGGAGAAGGAGCAGGUGUCCCAGGAGCUCAGCGCCCUGGAUAGCAGCUUCUCAGAGCUCUUUAAGAGGCUGGAGAAGUACAAGGUGGCCCUGGGGAGCUACAAGAAGAACGAGGAGACCCUCAAAGGCUGUGCUCAGGAGUACCUGGUGCGGAUCAGGAAGGAGGAGCAGCGCUACCAGACCCUGAAGUCCUACACUGAGGAGAAGAUCAGCAAGGCUAAUGAGGAAACGGGGGAGGUGCGUUCACGGCUCAAGGCCGAGGUGUCCGGACUUCAAGCCCAACUGCGCAGGGAGCAGCUCAAGUCUCAGGCCCUGGAGAGCAACUACGAUCAGAAGGUGAAGGAGGUGGUCGAACUCACCAACCUGUGUGACGAACUCAUUGCCAAAGUCCAGACGGGCUGACAACCUUGUCCUUCUUUUUCAUCAUUGUUUGUCUUAUAUUCAUGUCUUUAUAGAAUAUUUUUUAAAUUAAUAAACUAGAUAUUGCUGAAUUGAAUGAAAUGAAAUAAUCUUAAAAUCAAAUAUUGAUUUUAAGAUUUUACUCUUGGGAGUAUCAUUUCUUCUCUUCUAACCCUGUUUCUCUAAACUGUCAGAAGUUUUCAUCUCUUUGUAAGUCUGUUUUACACGUGCUGCAUACUUGAUUAUAAUAAAGCUGUUAAAGAAUGA